UAACAUCUUAAUUCUCCACAUCAAAUUGUUCCAUUAAUUAGUCUUCUAGCAUAUAGUUGAAUUUCUUCUCUUUUUCUUCAAAAGAAGAAGAAUGGUUAUGGAUAUACAAAGCAAACUACGUGUAGCUCUUGGUACAAUGAAAGAUCAAGCUUCAAUUGGCAAGGCCAUGAUGUAUAACCAUCAACAACAUGAUGGAUUUUCCAACAUAGAAAUUGCAAUCCUUCGUGCAACUAGUCAUGCCAAUAGCACAAUUGAUGACAAAUACAUGCAUGAAAUCCUUUUCCAUGUAUCAAACUCAAAAGGGUCAAUCCCUUUUCUCGCCGAAAGGAUUUCGCGCCGCCUAUACAAAACUAAGGACAAUCUUGUUGCCUUUAAGACUCUUGUCUUGAUUCAUAGACUUCUUAGAGGAGGAAAUAGAUCAUUUGAACAAGAAUUAUGCAAAUCACAUGUUUCUGGCCAUUUACAAAUUAUUAUAAGGUAUUGUGUUACAAAGAAUUUUUCUAACCCUUUAAUUUGUUUCUUACACAAGUAUUCAUCUUAUCUUGAAGAAAGAAUGAGUUGGCUCAUUAACCAAGGUGGAAAACUUGAACCAAUUAUGUCUAAAGGGUUAGAAUUUAGAAGAUAUGAUGAGAAAUCAUUUGAUAUGACAUUUAGAAUAUUGCCUAAAUGUCAAAUUCUUAUUGAUAAGGUUUUGGAAUGUUUACCAUAUGAUAUUCUGAGGUCAAAUAAUCAUCAUAGUCUUGCUCAUGUUGCUAUGAGUAAUACUUUGAAAGAAAGUUUCCAAGUUUACAUGAUAUUUUGUGAAGGCAUUGAAGCUCUUGUCAACAUGUUUUUUGAUUUAGAAUCUUCAGCUAGAGGCUUAGCUUGUGAAAUACUCAAGAAAGGUUCUAUUCAAAGUCAAAAGCUUCAUGAUUUGUAUCAAACUUGCAAAAAGUUAGUUGAAAACAAGAAUUUGGAAUACCCUUUUGUUCAAAUUAUAAGUAUGAAUCAUAUAAUGGAAUUAGAACAAUUUGGUUGUCAACAAAAUCAAGUUGAAGCUUCACAGGUCUCUAAAUCAAAUAUCUCAAAAGAAAUAGAGUUGGAAGUAACAUCAAAAGAAAGAAAAAAAGAUGAAGAAAAAGUUGAUUUAAAUUUUUCAACAACACCAACUCUUUUGUCAUGGACACUAGAGACUAAAAUAAGCAAAGUUUGGGUGGAGUUUGAAGAUGAAAUUACUAAUGAAUCACAGAUUCUUCCAACGCAACAAAAUCUUGGAAGUGUUAAUUAUGCAAGCAUAUUCUCGAAGGUUUGAAUUGUUGAAUCAACUAAGUUUUGAGUAGUUCUUUAGAACAAUUUUAAUAGUGUUUUUUUUUUUUUCUUUUAUCAAAUCGGUUGUCGGAUAAGUAAAGUCUAAUUAAAACUCAGAAAUUUAUCGUAGCUAAAUUUGAUUAUCCA